GUCCAAGGUCAGUAGUAAGCAAUUUUAUUGAGAAGUGAUGUUCAAAUUAGUUUAAAUUGAGAUAACGUGAGGUGACUAUAGAACGCAUGUGAUUCGUUUGUUUUUGUUUUGUGUUUCAAAUUUUAACAACAUCAAUGGGGAUUUAUGAAGACUUCACAAGAAUGGUGCAGCUAAACGCAACUGUACCUGUGAUCGUGGGUGUGGGAGUUGUUCUUUCAUCGGCCUUUCUGCUCACAUACUGGUUCACUAAGAAGAAGAGCCGUCCAAUAACCUUGGUGGAUUCUACAAUCAAAGUUCCCCUAAAACUGAGUGAAACCAUUCAUAUAAGCCAUGAUACCAAAAAGUUUAGGUUCGCCUUACCAUCUGAAAAUCACAUUUUAGGGUUGCCUAUUGGUCAGCACAUCUUCCUGUCAGCUACAAUCGAUAAUGAACCAGUGAUACGCUCUUACACUCCAGUCACGUCCGAUGAUGAUGUGGGCUACAUGGAUCUGGUCAUCAAGGUUUAUCUGAAGGAUGUUCAUCCCAAGUUCCCAGCUGGAGGCAAGAUGAGCCAGUAUCUGAAUGACAUGAAAGUGGGAGAUAGUAUUGAUGUGCGUGGACCCAGUGGCCGCCUGAAGUAUCUGGGAAGUGGUAGAUUCUCCCUCAAGCUGCUACGGAAGGACCCUCCUCGCAUUGUUACUGUCAAUAAAGUUGCUAUGAUUGCUGGAGGCACUGGUAUUACACCCAUGCUACAGCUUAUCCGACACAUCACCAAAGACUCUCAUGAUACCACCAAGAUGGCUCUGCUGUUUGCCAAUCAGACAGAGAAGGACAUCCUGCUACGGGAUGAGCUGGAGGAGGUUGUUAGCAAACACGGUGCACAGUUCAAGCUCUGGUACACGGUCGACACUCCCUCUGAAGGAUGGAAGUACAGCACCGGGUUCAUCAAUGCUGAUAUGAUCCAGAACCAUCUGUUCCCCCCAAGCUCGGACACUCUGGUACUCAUGUGUGGCCCUCCCCCUAUGGUCAACUUUGCUUGUAUUCCUAAUCUGGACAAACUGGGUUAUGACGCUAAUCUACGCUUUGCUUAUUAAACUGGUACACUCAUUGUAUUGCAUUUAAAAUUGUGGGCCCACAGACAAGAUGUUGUGUUUCUUAAGUUGUUUAUUUAAUGAUUUUAAAUCAUUUGAAGCUUUUUAUUAUGUUUAGUUAAUUUGUUUUUAAUUUAUUGUUGAUUAAACUGUUGAAGGAUUGUUUUUCCAAAUAAGUAUGUUUAUUUGUUCAUUUAGUAUAUAGCUAUAGUAUUAUAAAUAUUUUUGCCUAAAUUAUUUUUUAUAGUUGCAACCUGUUCUGAUAGAAAGUGAAAUAAACUUGUAUUAUAAAUAAAUAUGUAAUAAAAGAAAAUAAAUUUUUGAACUGGAUGACCUCUUCAAAUAAUAAUAGGCCUACUGGAAAGAUUAUUAGUUGUAUUAUUUGUAAGAAACAGAAUUAAUUUUGUGUAAAAGCCUGUGAUAGUAUAGGUGCUGCAAUAUAAUUGUUUGAAUUUACUUUACUGUUAUUCCUGUGAUGUUUGUUAGAAUGUUUGUUGAAGUGAAUGACAAUAUAGCUUUGGUCAAGUGUUGUUUCCUCCAAUUUUAGCUGUUAAUUCUUCCAAGAUAUACAAAUUACGUUUUGCUAUUUUGUAGCUUUCCAAACUAUUCAGUCUAUUCCAGUUUUUUCAUCAUAGGAUUAGGAAUUUAGUCGUAAUUGGAGAAAUAGUAGAUUUAUUUACAUUACAAAAUAUGUCCCUAUUUGAAUUAAAAUAAAAUGUACAGUAGACUUGGGUUGGUCAUGCUUUUCUAGCAAAGUGUGUUUUGAUUAAUCUGGUUAGCAUGAGGGAUUAUUUAGCAGUGGUUACUGAACAUCUGAAUUAAGAUUUCACUUAGAGAUCUAUGAUUCAGAACAUUUAAGUCCUUUAUGAUACUGUUAUAUGAUACAGUUUUGUUUCUCAUUGCUUCAUUGUAAAAAAAUGAAUCAAUGAAUUAAUGAUUUUUAAACCCUAAAUGUUAUUCACUAUUCAUUAAAUAAAAUCAAUUCAGUAUUCAUUAAUUAAAAUCAAACAAUCAUAUUUCUUAUUUAAUUGUGCAUCACAUAAAAUGUGUAAGUUUGGUCACUUAUUUGACUCUCAAAAAAAUUAAGAGUUUUGAUUCAAUGCAAUAUACAUUAGAAAAUAUGAAAACAGUACCAUGAUUAUCUCUUUUUAACAAUUUUUAAUUAGUAAUUCCAAGAAUUAUAUAGGAGCACAUUGCAUCAGUGUCGUAUAUAGAACAUUAUUUUGGGGGCUGACAUACUGGUUGGUUUAAGAACUAUAACAUAUCCUCCCAAAAAUAAGUGCUCGGGAAUCGUUCCCUGGACACUCGUUGAUACGUUCUCUGAUAUGGUCUCAUAGAUGUGUUCUAGCUUAAAACAAACUACUCAAUGGAACUGUAAUGUUUGCCUUUUAAAAUUUUAGGGAGGGAGGGGUGGAAAUUAUAUAUAUAGUUUUAUAACAUUUAAAAUGAAGUGGCAUUCGGAUGGAGAUAACGUAUUGUUAACUCUAGUAGUAGUGACAGACGUCGCAUACCUAACUCGAACAGCCAAUUUUGAUGAGCAAUUUCUGGGCAUGCCACCACUAUUUAAUUUGUUGUAGUAAAAAGAAAAAUAUAUUGUUGUGAUUCAGGCCCCACUGGAAGCAUCAGAUUCUUAGCUGUCAACUGACAUAAUUGUUUUCUAUAGACAAAAUGUAAGAAUGUACUCACUCAAUCAGACGUUUUCAUAUAAUAAUUAAUAUGUAAGUAUUUUAUUUAGUGAUAUAAAAUAUAGUGUCUUUUGUUGGGUGUGUGGCAUAUAUUUGUAGCCAAUACAAAUUAUAUUAUUGUCAUUGGCUAUAAAAUAUUUGUGAAAAUCAUUGGUUUGUUUUAUGCUAUUAUAUUACUGUAAACAAAUUAUUAUUUAUAAAUAAAAGUAAUAAUAUAAGUAAUAUCUUUAUUAAACACUAAGUAACUAGACUUGACUCUAUUGGUAGGCCUCGUGGUUGGUAGGUAUAGUGGAUGAACAUGGAUAACCUAGAUUUUGUGUGCACUUUUGAAUUUUUAACUGUAGGUUCAGUUACUUUCAUAUCUAGCGACAGACGAAGGAAACAAUGAUUUAAAUAUAUUACAUCUAUACAUAUUAUAUACUAUUAAACACAUGUUAUAUUGUGUAAAGUUUGGCAAUAACUAUAUCACUCAACAUUUUAAAUUUAAUUUAUAAAAAUAAGGUAAUUACUAUAAGAUUACUACAAUGGAUUGAAACUCUCACCAAAACAUUUAGUAUAGUAGCAGUAUGUAUGCUUAAAGAACAUAUAUAGAAUUACUGAGCAAAAGUUCUGACACACAAUCCUCAUAUGGAUGCAAGGUCUAUUCUUUGGAAAGUCAAAGGCUUGAUUAACCAAUUAAUUGUUAUUAUUGUACUUCUUUUUUAAUGUUUUUUUUUUAAUUAUCAGAAUGAAAACAAUAAAAUAGUAUUAGGGGCACAUUCUAAAAUACAUUUAAAUUUGUUGAUGGAAUGAGUUAAAAAUAAAUACCUUAAAUACAAAGCAUUAAAAAAAUAAUAAUAAUAAUUUGCUUGAAACACGUCAUUAUUAACUUUGUGGACAGUGCUGUGAAUAGUAAAUUUGAUUUGGUACAACAUUUAGUAAAUGUAUACGUAAAACAAUGUAAUAAAAUAUAUUUUUUUAUUCAAAUGUUUAUACAGCUUUUAUUUGAUUGAAACAUUGAUAUUUUUUUAAAUAACAUUGUUUGCAAGACAAAUUAGUCCACUCAAUCUAGUCAUUUGGAAAUCAAUUAAUUACAUUUUAUGAAUAAAUGUAAUACUCUGUGUUUAUAUUUAUUGUCGUUUAAGAGUUAUUUUACCUUAAUUUUUUGUAUUUUAACAUUUUUUAAAUAGUGAAAAAUAAUUAAUCACCUAUGUAUGUAAACAAUACUUAUUAAAACUAAAAUGAUGUAUAGGAACAAUACAUUUUGAAAAUUUGCUUUUAUUUAAUAUAUAACAUUAUAUUUGCUUUCUUGAAGUAACCUAUACAUUUUUAUUUAUACAAUGUUUUUGUUUCCUACACUUUUUAGAUAAUUAGACUAAGAAGGUUUAACUAACAAUUUAUGACUAGAAGAUUGAUUUUCUGAAAGUAAGCUUCUUAAAUACUUGUGUACUUUGUACUCACAGCAAAUAAUUUUUAUUUGUAUUAGUGUAAUAUAACACUUGCCUAUUGUAAUUGCACUUGCCUCAGUUUUUUGUUUUGACAGUUUCCAGCUUUUUAUUGGUGUAUUAUGUGGGAGGGUCUUUUAGUGGAAAGGAUUCAAGCAACGGAAUACUAAAAGGUCACAAUGGAGGGGACCCAUGAGUUACAGCCUGAUAUGACAACCAUGUACCAAAAUAGGCAGCUUAAUUCUAAAUAUUCUGUUUUCAUGUUAAAUGAUACUGCAAUAUAUACAUUCAGAAAUCAUAAAUAUCGCAUUUAAUAAAUAGUAAUUAAACUAUAACUCUUGGUUUUAUAUACUUUAUUUAAACACAAUGUUUUCAAUGUGUUAAUUUUUAUUUAUUUUUCUAAGAGGUUAUUAUGCACACUGGGGAGAUGGUAUAAUUCCAAAACACAUGUAAUGUAAAGUUUAAUAAAGGACUUAAAGCCAAGGAUUAUAGCUAAUUUGGUUACAAGCCAUUAUGAUAACCCUAAAUUGUGGACUAACAAUAUCAUAUCGCAUUUAAUGUUUCAAUAGAUGUAUGCAUUACAAAAAAUUAUUUUUUAAUUAAAAUUUUAGCCAAAAACAGGUCAGGCAAUAAAAAAAUGGAGUUUGAGGAGAGGUAAUCCUUAAAAAAAUAUUUUAGAUAAUUUGUUACAAACUUAAAGAACACUGCAUUAAUACUGAAGACAUUUUAAAAUUAGUAAUAGCCAAUCAUUUGAGAUAUUUCAGUUUUUAAUCAAAUACAUGUUUUACAUCAAUUUACUUAAUUUUUACUCAUGAGGAAACUGAGUCGGACAAAAUCUAGAUUCAGUCCCGGGAUCGUAGUGGAGAAGAACUGAGACCCUGUGUGUACAAUAAAAGUUGUCACCCAGCACUAUUUGAUAUAAUAUAGUUCGUAGGCUGUAUUCAAAAUUGUUAUUAGACUCGUAGACUAGUACGGCACAUAGUUAUAGUAUGUUAUAAAAAUGAGAACUGUUAAAAUGAAAAAUAACUCAAAGGAGUUGAUGUAGUCAGAGUCACUUUGUAGAAAUAUACAUAUAGUUUUAGUCUAGUAAGUACUGUAUUGUUGAUUGUCUGUGAGAAGUAGUGUGGGUUGAAGUUGUGUAAGGAAACCUCGGAUUCUGUAUCAGGUUAACAUUCCUGCAAGAUUUUUAAUAUUAAUUUAAAUAAUAUUUUUUAAUUCCACUAUUACAUGGAUUCAUUCAAAAGUUUCAUUAUUUAUUUGAAUUAUCUGCCUACUUAUUAUGUAAAAAAUCUGUGUUAUUUAAGGUAAGAGUAGUUUGUACAGCGUAGCUAUGCCGAUAAACACAAAUAAAGCUCUUUGCUUAUCAGGUGAGCUUAUCAUGGCCAAUUGAAACACAUGUACAUACACCAAGGACCAUAUGACACGAUACCACACUCCCUGUGGCAUAGCUCUGCUGAAUACACUGUGAUGCACUAUUUAUUACAUUUGUUUAUACAAGAUCUUUGGUUUGUACCUAACAAACAAAUAAUAUGUUAUAUAGGGGUUUUAUAUUUUCUAUAUUAAUCCUGGAACAGGUAAAUGGGGUAUAUUAAUAUUGGGUAUUUAUCUCUCAUGUUAGAUGGCAGCACGUGGUGUAAGGUUUUUAAAACAUAUCUUAAAGUUUGUUAUAAAAUAUGUAAGAUUUGAUACCAAUUGAAGGAGUGAUAAAUACAAAAACAAUUGACUCCAUGAAAGUUAACUUUUUUUAAAUUUUCAUUUUAUAUAACUUUUUCUAUAUUCUUGUGCCUACUGCACCAGCUGUAAUGCUCUGUGUCAUGUUCAUUCUGUUGUUAUUCUGCUAAUCAGCUAUUGUUAUUUUCUACGUUUUUGUUUACUUAUGAGUUAUAGUGAGUGUUUAGAUGUCCUGUUAGGUUACUAAAACAAUACUCAUAUUAGAACCCAUAAUACAUGCAAGAACCCACUCAGAUUUGCUUUUUAUUCAUAAAAUAGACCAAAACAAGUACAUAAAUGGCCCUAUCAAGCAAUUUUGAUCUUGGAGAUAUUAAAACUAUUUUAAAUUGUAAUGAAUUCUAAUGAAAAGUAAAAGUUUUCUGAUAAUUGAGAUAAAAUAAUUCUAUAUGACCAAGAAGUUGAUUGGUAUCUUGGCCGAAACAUAAUAUAUGUUGGUAAAAAAUGUCAUAUUAAUUUGAAAACUAGUUUUAAACAUUAUUUUGUAUUGAAAUACAAAUUGUAGGUCUCUGUAAGGCCUGUGGUUCCUCAAGAAUUUUAGGAUCUCUUCUGCUCUCUCGGGUUCCUUAGCCUGGAUCUUUACUGUUUACUUAGUUCUUGGGCUUCUAAAAACUAAGGUUCAGUUUCCUGAAGCUAAGGAUCCUUCAGACACCUCAGGGUUCUUUGUAAAUUUAACUUAAGACAAUACAUAUAGGAUGUCAUUUUGGUUCUGUUGUGUAAAGCAAAUUACAACAUUCCACCAAUUUUGCUUGGCACAAAUUCCUCUCUACCAUAUUUUGCCCUUCUUUCUUCUUAUUUAAUGUUUGCCAAAUAAGUAGUAAUAAAAAACUAAAUAUUUAUUAAAUAGUUGUGAUCAAAAGUAAUAACAUUUUCUAAUAAUUUCCUUUUAGAUUGUUAAUGUUUAAAUAAAAUGGCAGUUAAAGUAAUUUAAUUGCACACAAAUCUUAAUUGUUAACACAUUGAUUGUGGCAUUAACUUAAUGUUCAUGCUGUGGUAAUAAGACUAUUUAAGAUCAUUCGAUAUAGAGCCACAUUGUACAUGUUAACUACAUGUAUAUUACAGCUAGACAGUUGUACAGUAGUUUAAAAUGUUGACUGUGACUAGACGCCAUAAUGUGCGUGCUGUGUUGUUAGUCUACUUAAGAUCACUCAGUUUAAAACUACAGUGAAGUUUGUAAGCCUUCCCGUAGGAAUUACAGCCUUCCCUAUUUGCGUAUUACAGGAGGAAAUCCUGUGCAGUAAGAAUAACUCCACAUGCAUAUUGAUGCGACAUUUCGCAAUCAAAGUUUUUGUCCUCUAUCGUGAACUGUAGUUCUUAAAAUUUACAAAUUAAAUGCGUAAAAAUGUUAACUGAACAUCAGACAAUAGUUGCACUCAAUUCUUUGUUCUCAGCUGCAUGUUAACGAUCUAUCAAAUUUGUUGUUCCUGAACGCCAUUUUGAGAUGUAAGCUGGAGCUUUUCACGGCUUUUUCUCUGUGGGGAGGAUUCUUGAGAACUGCUUGUAAGCUGUGUUCUACUGUUGAAUUACAUGUUAAAUCUGAAUUGUUGACAGCUACUUUAAUUGGGAUUUCAACUCUGCUUGUUUAAAUUAUUAUUGUUUUUUCUGUUUUCAGUGAAUUGACAAAUUCUUUUAACAAAACAUCUGUCAUAAUUUUACUUCCUAUAAUAACUUUGUUCAAAUUAAACUUGAAGGAAAUUAACAUUACUUUUUUUAAAGCUAAUUGCAUGCUAGGGAGAAGUAAAGAAAUGUAUAUCUACUGCUCUGAGGGCUUAAAUACAUUUAUUUUCCCUACCUGACAAAAAGAAUAAUAAUUUUCUAAUAUGUAUUUGAACUAUUGACCAAGUAUUGACAAGUAAUUAAUAUGAAGUUAAUAUCUAUGGCCAAUUAAUAAUGGUUGUUCCAUUUGUUUUAAAAAUCAAUUUUCAAACUUUUAAUGUUAAAUAUAAGUUAAUUUUAAAAUCACACUACUGUUAAAAUAAUUAUUACUUAUGUUCAAGAUAUUGACUUGGUAACUGUACUGGUACCUUAGUUUGUACUGUAGUGGACGAAUAAGUCAAUUUUUCUAAGUAAAUUGUGAUUUAAUGUGGUGUUUAGUUGAAAGAAAAGUUUUAUGAUGAUUGUACAGAAACUAAAUAUUUAAAUAUCUUAAAACACUAGUUUAGUACGAACAAAUACCAUGUUUGAAAAUUAGUAAAAUUAUUGAAAAUUAUUUGUUUGUACAAUUUGAUUCUGUAAAAUCAUUUACACGUGCAUGUAGUCAUUGAAAGCUAUAUAAAAACUAUAAUUGGUGAAAAAAUAAUAUCAUUUUGCUUAUAAGCAGUGGAAUAUAUUACAUAGUAUUAGAUACAUAACAUCAAAUGACAUGUAUACUGUAGCUGUGUACAUGUUAAACAAUGUCAACACUUAGGAGAGUACAACAGCACAACUAUAGCCAUGUUAUGGAGCUAUAGUAUACAAUACUAAUACUUCAGUUACCGAGCAGUGUAGAAGCAUGAGACAACUACUGUAAGGUGUAGUAGUAAAUGUGUAAACACACGCUUAUGUCCUCAUUUGUCCAGAACAGCAAUAUACACUCAUGUUGUAGUGUAUGAAUGGUGACAAGAAUCCACGAGUUUGGUUUGUUUUACAUUUUGAGCUUUUUCUUGGUGGACAAGUAUAUAAUAUGGAGAGGAAUCAGUGUGACAAUAUUUCCAGGAAAUCAUUUAUUGUUAUUGUUAAAUGUUGGUUGCAUGAAAGCUUUUAGUUUUUUAGUAAAAUUGUUUUCAUUAUUACACUAUAAUAGAUUUAAAUUAUAAUUCAAUUUAAUUUUGAAUUUAAAAUUAAGUUCCAUCCUUUAAGUUUAUACAACAAUUACACUGAUUGAACAAUUACAAAUACGUGACAACGGUUAUGUUUUGUAUUUGAACCAUGCACAUUUUAGUACUUGGACAUUUUUAGUCAGGGAAACACCCGUGUGUAGUAGGUAGACAGUAGUUUUAGAUUAAAUUAAAAAUCACGUGUUUUUGUUUUGUUUAAGUUAGUAUGAAUGUUUGGGUGUUUGUAAUUAAUACUGUAGUAGUAAUAGUAUAUUUUAGAAUGGUAGAAUGUAUUGGUAAAUCACAUUCAAUAAAUAUAUUAUAUCAAACA